UCGAGUUGGGUGCUGACAUGACUGUUGACAGCAAUGUUUUGACAAUUUAAAUUCUCUUUUUUAUUUCCAUUUUGAAGAACCCAGUUAAAAAUAAAAUAACAAUUACAUUUAAUCUAUUUCAAUAAGAGUGUUAAUACAAUUAAUUAUCAGGUAGGCAGUUUGUUAUAAGUUAGUGCAUGGAGUGUAUUUUAACUGCCGAAAAGUGGGUGGAUUUCGGAUAAUAUUUGUGUCAUGCCCGAAAAAUUGACGAAUUGUGCUGAUGAUGAAAAAUGAAGGGUGUCGAUAGCUCUCCAGCUGAUCCCGAAGGAAUGACAAAUAAACCUAUAAUAACAUGCGCGGGAGAUUGGAACUUGUUUUGUACACUAGAGGCCCCACUAGUGGCUGCUAUACCACAAGACUCCUGCGAAUGGCGGAGGUCCUAUGGUCGACCUCCUAAGUCUGUGUAUUUAGAAGCGUCAUUCUUAAAGUUCAAUAAGGAUAAAGUGCAAUCUGAGCUGAAUUUGCUGAAGCGUCCAAUUUUUCAUAUCUAUUGGACAGACUGUGUGGAUGUAGAAUAUUACAAAACCACAUUAAGAGAAGAUAUUGAAUUAUGGCUGAAACAACUGGAGAAAACUGGUAUAACAGAUUGGAUGAUAGUACUAGUAGAAACCUAUGAUAUUCGCAAAACCAAUAAGCUGUUACCGAGGACUACAGUAUUGGAUAGAAUAAAAGGGGACUUUGCUGUCAAACAAACAGAGGACCGAUUUCUGUCUGUAAUAAAUCCCAUCAAGUCAGAGGCUCGAAGUGCAGAAUCAUGGAGAGCUUUAGUGGCAAAGGUCAGGCAUUUCAUUCUAGUGGCUUACAAUAAAGCCCUGAUAAAGUUCGAGGAGUAUAUGAGAGAGCAAAGAGAAAAACGCAAUGAUCCUGAGUGGGACUUUUGUAAAUACUUUAUUUUACAGGAACAACUGGCAUUUGUAUUAGAAAUGCUAGGCCUAUAUGAGGAAGCUCUAGUCCAAUAUGAUGAGUUGGAUGCAUUGUUUUCUCAAUUUGUACUCAAUUCUAAUGUGACAGAGAGUCCAAAGUGGCUCGACACUUUCAAGCAGCCUGUCACAGCAUGGCAGGCUGUGAAACUGACAGCCUUAGUGCCACAACAUUUGAGGGACCUCAUAAUAAAGAAGAAAGCCUCCUUAUUAGAUUUCAGAAGCUACCUCUUCCAACGUCAAAGUGCCAUGUUAUUACUUAUGUUUAAACCUGUAGAGAUCGCAUCCCGUUGUAUAACAGUAGUUCACAAUACGCUAAUGGAGCUGUCAUUGCUGGGAGUCAGCGCAGUAGAAGGCGCGGCCGCGUGCUGGGCGCUACUUGCAUGUGCGGAGACACUACGGGCGGUGGAUCGCCUGGCCGCGACCAACAACGCGCUCGAUAUGUGCACACCUGUGCAGGCGCCUUUAUUGCACAACGCGAAGGAUAAGUUACAUGAACUAGGGAAACUAUGUGGUCUUCUCCCCGGCUCUCCGGAUCCCAGCUCAGAGCAACUGCAUUUAGUUGUCAUGCUUUCCGCUGGCAUGGGAGACAGUGAACCUAACAACCAACAGCCCACACCAACGGACAGACUGAAGGAAGCGCUGUGCAGUAAAACCAGUUUCCAACAGUAUUAUUUGGAAUUGGCUGAAAUGGCUAUGGGGACCUACAAACACAUUGGAAGAUUAAGAUUCGCCCGCCUAAUCGGUCGAGACUUAGCCUCUUUCUAUUCAGAGCUGGGCGAGACUGGUAAAGCGGUGGUAUUCCUUAUGGAUGCGCUGCGGUCUUACGAGGAGCAAGGCUGGCGGGACCUUGCCGCGCAGACCAGACUUGAGCUCGUCGCUGCUGCUCACAAGAUGAAUGACAUGGACAGAUAUACAAAGCUCUCUGCAACAAUAGCGUGUACAGCCGAAUUGGAGAUUCUAGUCAGAAACUUCUACUUUGAAGAAAUGUUGAAAUGCAUAAAGGAGAAGUUAUCAGAUAAACAAGACACGGUGCUAGCAGAGCUCAAUGACUGUUUCAAAUUAGUAUCCGCAACUCUAAUACCGUCCGAGCGUGGUGUUUAUAUCACAGAUAAUAAGGUUCAAUGUCGCUUGCUUCUCGAGUGUAACCUGCCUAAAGAGGUCACGUGUACUCGCACGGCCAUCAGCAUAGAACCUUGUAAAGAGGAUAGAAAUGAAAGCGGAAAAAGGACGCCGGUCAAAUGUUAUAAGACUGAUUUAACUGUAAACGGUAGUGUAAGUACGCAAACGAAUUCACCGAGGAAGUCGACUUCGGACGUUGUCGAAAGUGAAUUAUCUAAUAUAGUUAGUAGUAUAAGACUGGACGAUUUAAAACCUAAGAAUCUUUUAUUAAAUCCACUACAAAUUACCUCUCAAUUGCACUACAAAGAAGAUAAAACAUUGCAAAAAGCUACAGUGGAGUGUCAAAAUCCUAAAGCGACACUCAAACGAUCUGACAGCACCAAAUAUAGGAAACCAUCCACCACAACUAGGAGCAAUUAUCAGAAUUCAUUUCAUCGGGAUGAAUUCAAACUGAAGCCCGGCUUAAAUGAGAUAGACUUAGAAUUUAUAUCAAAUAAAUGUGGUACUUUCAUGUUAGGACAAGUAUCAGUAAUAGUGGAGGGAAAGUUAGAAUUUCUCUCUAAUGCACUGAUCGGCACGAAAAUGGGAUUCGAAGUGGUGACACAGGGCAUCAGUGUGUAUUUGAAUAAAGUGGACCCGAAGAAGGACCUGGUGGCUGGACUAGAGCAUGCUAUGGAGUUGGUUGUGACCAGUGGAAGUUCGCAUAUAGAAGAGAAUGCCACAAUAGAUCUAAAAACAUCAGCCGGACUCCAAAUAGGUCUAGCUGAGAAGGGAUCACCCAUGACACGCGAACUGUCUAUACCAAUACCGGCCUGCAAACCGUUCGAGACUACCCGCGUGCCGCUGAAACUCUUCGCUAACUUGCAAGCCAGACCGGAAAAAAGCAUAGAACAUACCGUGGUGGUGCGGUGCCCGUGGCGGGCGGGCGCGGAGGAGGUGCGGCUGCAGUGGGCGCGGCCGCUGGCGCCGGCGUGGCGGCUGCUGACGGCGCACGCGCGCAAGUUCGUGCACGUGGCGCUGCGCGGCGCGCCGCCGCCCGCGCGCGCGCCGCCGCUCGCGCUCGCCGCGCCCGCGCUCGCCUGCCGCGGCGCCGCGCUCGCCGACCUCAACCCGCCCGCCACCCGGCACAUGGUGGUAUCCCCAGAUGGUACGACGGUGUCGUUCAUGUGGGAGCUCCUGAAAGAUCCUCUAGUUAAGGCUGAACCGUUGAAAGCGACGUUUACAGUGGAAUACCGUCCUCUCGAUACAGACGAACCAUAUAGAACAUUCUCGUGUCCGUUCGAUAUACAAGAUUACAUGACGCUGUUUGUGAUCCGAACUAAAGUGGAACCGAGUAAAGGCUCUGACUUCUGUAGAGCGUCGCAGGUGUGCUGUUUACAUCUGAGCGUGCAAAGGGUAAAUGAAACUGAAUAUACAUCCCUUAUGUACGAGGUGUUAGCUGAUCAAACUAUGUGGGCAGUUCUAGGCCGCACUGCAGGUGUAAUAACGAUGGAGUCGAGCAGCGGUUCGCCAGCUGACGUGUGCCUGGACGUGAUGCCGCUAGCCGCUGGCUACCUACCGUUACCCACCGUCCGACUCUCCAAAUACAUUGCUGCCAAUACCAAAGAUCCAAAGAAAGACAUCUCAGCACACCCUCGUUUGGAGCCUUUCAGUCCUGGACAAGUAUACCACGCGGGGAAAGCGAAGCAAGUUCACGUACUACCACCCGCACCGAAGGAACACAUCGACCCUUCACUUUAAUCAAUAAGUACCUAAGAUGCAUAAUACAUAUAACAAAUUCAUUUCAGUGAAUUUACAAUUCUAUUUCUUUAAAAAGAAAGUUUAAAUUAUCUCUUCUGUCAAUACGGUGUGAAGUUAGGCAAUGAUGGCGAUUAGUUGUCUGUAGCUACAAGUAAUAAAGCAACUCCUAUACUACUUAGGGUUGAGUGGUUCACAUAGAAAUUGUAACAAAUCAUGCAGUCUUUUAUGCAAUAACGAUAUGUGCUAGUUAGGAGACAUUUUCACAAACUACCUCCUAAAUAUUUGUCGAAUUUAAACAUGAUACAGAUGGCGCCACUUAUUUUUAAAACGCUUUUUUGUUGAAUUUAUAUAAAGGAACAUUUAAGUCAUUCCACAAAAAUUGCAAAACCGCGAUCUUGUUUAAAACCAUAAACUUUGAGUUUUUUUCCUCAUUGUACAAGUUUAAUGACGUUUUAACACACUCUUUCACCUUCUAAAGUUUAAAUUUGAUCCCAAUCUCGGCACAAUACAAAUAUUUCUAUUCAUUAGUAUGUUUCCAUUGGCCUGGGCUUCAAUGUUCUGUAUUUAUAAAAAAAAAAUACAUCUACUAGUCGUCUAGUACCUUUUGCACGAGCUCUUCUUAGUUUAUGACUAGAUGGCGCUACGAAUAAUAAAUAUAUCCAAGAAGUAUUUUGUUUCCAGAAAUUAACUAAAUAAAAAACAUAACGAAGAAAAAAUAAUAGCGAAAAGAUUUUUAAUGGAAUGUUCUAUCAAUCUAAAUUAACGAAUUAAAGUAACAGCUCAAUGCUUCAGUCCAGCACUUUAUAAAUAUAAAUCGAGUGUGCUAGAAUUAAUUACGUUAUACUUUUACUACGUAAUACACGUUACGAAGUUAACACUAGUGCAUUGUAUAGAGUUUGUUUUAAAUUUUACAAAGAAUAUUAAGCUAUUGGUAGAUGCAGCUGUAUAUAGUAUUUUAUUUUGCCAUUUAUUCAGCUCUCCAUUACGUUAAGGUAAAAAAAUGUUAGUCUACAGCUAGAUUCAAAAUAAGAUGUUAUUAAGAACUCUAUGUUUUGUGUAAUAAAAAAUAAUUUCAAAUGUCACAAUGCAUAUACUAACAUCAUCACCAUUUCAGCCGUUAACUGUCCGCUGCUGAAAAUAAGCCUUCCUCAUAAGGGGAGUUUUGCGAGUAGUUGCCAUGUUUAACAGGUGGGUUGGCAAGAUAGUUGGGCUUUUAGAGAUGCUUUAAAAGGAACGCUGCUGCCCAUCCCUCUACAAUUAAGUUCCCUUAGUUGCUUCUUACGACACCCACAAGAAAGGAAGAGGUGGCCUGUUCUAUGCCCGGACCACAUGGCUAUACUAAGUAAAUUCUUUCUUCUUCAACUUAAUAAAUACAGGAGAUAUUUAUAUGAUUUAUCAAAUAUUCUCAAAUAAAUGAAUUAAACAUGGAAUAUACAGCAGUAAAUAAAGGAAAUAAAAUUUUCAAAAUGUCUGUUGUCUAUUGAUGAUAUAAAGAUUUUCGGACCAUCAUAUAUUGUGAUAAAAAUAUGCUUCGUAAGAUUGUAUGUAUACCAUGUAAAAAUCGUAAAUGUGAAAAUUAGCUUAUAUGUGACUCCUUUAUAUGAAAUUUAUUAGAUGCAAUGCUUUUUAAUAAACGAAGCUUAAGCUAAACGUAAGCGUAGUGAUUGCACGUAAAUCGUGUCUAGAUUACAUACUGUUUCAGAUACAUAACCAUAGCUGUCUAAAGUUAUCUAUGAUAACAAAUAUUUCAAAUUGAAGCAUCCAAUUCAAAGUUGUAUGAAAACGUAGUUUGAAAAAAUUAUAACACAAUUUAUGAUUUAACUUCAUUCCCUCAAACCCAAAAAAAUUUACAAAAAUUUUUCGUACAUCUCUUUUUUUCUUUUUAUUUUAUUACUUAUACAUACUCUUAACUCUAGAUCAUAGAUUGGUUAUGGUCACCAGAGCAAUAUUUGUACACGAAUAUAAUAAUAACAAAUACUGAAAUAUUAAUAAUACAAUGAGCUUCAUAGUAUGCAUAAGUGCUAACAUUUAUUAAUGUAAUAUUAAAAAUAUAUAUUAUUUGUAUAAUAUAGCUACCUGCAGCUUCGAAUUGUUAGAAAUAUGGUCAAGAAUUGCAUUUUGAAUUACUUACUAAAAAACCGCGUCUAUUUUGUAACAGAAACUCUACAAAAUGCUCCUCUAAUAAUAAAGUAAACAUUAAAAUAAUUGUUUUUAUUAAAUAGUUCUUUAUCCUAACUCUGUUACAACUGUAAUAUGCAAUGUAUCUUUCUAUUUUUAUACAUAUUUUUAAGUUAUCCUUUUUCAUAAUCUCCAUAUUAAGUUAUAUUAUAAAAUAUUCUGUUAGAUGUACUUAGAAAAAAUAAUUGGUAAAUGAGAAAUUGUCUUUAACUUUUAUCAUCAAAUUAAACUUCAUAUUUGUGAAUAUUUAGAUAUUUUACGGUAUUAGAUUUUAUUUCAAUAAAUAUGUAUGUUAAAAAUCUCCGUAAAUAUACCUUGUUUUAUUAAAUUUUGCUCUUUUAUGGGAAAUCAGAUAAAAGUAAUAUUUGUUAGGUAUCAUUACCUAUGAAACUCACCAGUAUAUCAUUUGCAAAAAUCCAUCUUUACGCUAUAUUAAUUCUAUUAUGUCUGAUACCUUGUAUCUAAUCGUCAAAAUAUGCACCGGUAUACCUUCCUCUAAUUAUUAUGAUUCUAAAACGAAAAAAAAAAUAUUAUAAAAAUGUUAAUUUCUUAGUUUUAUUUUUUAUUAGCAAAUGUACUACAUUAGACCAUGCCAUAACAUCUCGACGCCACAACGAUAUUUCUCGCCUAGUCUCCAUCUUGUCUUUUCUUUUAUCUCUUAAGUUGUAAAUAAAUAAUUUUGGUGCUAAACUCACAAGUUUUAGACCAAAAUAUUAAUGAUUAAUAAUUAGUUUACUAUAAUUGUUUAAAAUGUUGCCGUUUUCAUUUGAUCAUGAGUUUCAGAUAUGAAAAUUAUUUACUAUUGGGAAAAGUUUAAACGAAUUUGGAACAUAAUUUUAAGUUGUAAUUUGUAUUAAAUUUCGAAAUUAAAAUUUUUCUUUCAUUCAAAUUUGAUUACAGACAUAGAUUAUAUAUUUAAUUAUAUUUUAUUUAACAAUUUACUGUUGCAUGUUAAGUAAUAAGUUUAUUACUGUUAUGUUAGACAUUUAAGUAACUCUCAGUGUACGGUUUUAGUUUUUUAGUUGAUAUUCCAUGAUAUAGCAAAUAUUGAUUAGUCAAAUGGAACACUCCAAACAUUAUUUCAUUAUGGUAUUUAUUUUCAUUAAAAUUGUAUAAUCUAUCUGAUUGAAGAUUUUCUUUAUAAACUAUCCAAAGAAUAUACAUUAUGCUUUAAUAAAUCUUUGAAGUUGUGAAUAUUUGUCGAAUUAUAUAAAAUGCAUAUGUAAAAUGGAUAAAUGGGAUAUAUUUAUAUUAUUUUUACCAUGUAUGUAUAAUAGAGAAAAGUAGUCUAGUAUAGAUAUUUUUAAAUGUAGGUAUAUAAGUACCUAAUAGAGAUUCAGAGCCCAGCAAAUUUAAAUUGAUAAAUGAAACUGUUCAAAUUUACAUUUUGUAUAUCAUAUUUCAGAAAUGAGUACUUUAACAAAAGUUAUAAUCCUGUUACUUGGAAAUCUAUGAAAUCUGUAGCCCUUAAACUUUAUAUCCACCUCCUGCUGAGUAACCUGCGUAUGGUGGGUUGAAGUAUUUUUUUGUUCAUGGCAGUGGUGCAUAGUGUGUUGAGAGUUUAGAUCCUGAAGCAAGGAAGAGUCUACCCUUACUACAGUAUUUAAACUCUCGUAGACGUCUUACAAUAUCUCUCAUAGGAUGUGCGGACUCAUGUGCAAAGAGAAUGCUACCCAUGAAGGUAAAAUUAUAACAUGUUUUUUUAAUCUUUUUAAUUUUAAAUGAAAAAUAUACUCAAUAAGUGCUGUAAAUUUAUAAAAAACAUACUAUUAUCUUUUAAGAGGCUUAGUUUGUGUUUAAUUUUAAUUUUUAUAUGAUAAUAUAAUUAGUUAAUUUUUAGUAACUACCUUAAUAACAUCGAAUUUGCAAAUUAUUUAUAAUGCUAGCAAACAUGCCGUUUAUCGCCAUGUAAAAAACAGUUUUAGUUCUAAACUAUUGGACAGCAAGCAAUUUAGGCAAGAAGUCAUGUAUACAUAGAUAUCUAUAAUAUUUUUUCACGUUAUAUUUUUUAUUAUUUUGCAGAAAUAUUUUUUCAGAGAUGAUAUUUUACUCUUUAUUUGCAGAGAUAAAAACCACACCGACUAUUCAAUAUGUUGAUGUAAAUAAACUAUUAAAAAUGUAUCUAUGUUUCAUAUAAUUAUAUAUAAAACCUAGAAAUUGUCAAUAUAAUGUUUAUUGUUA